AAUUUUCUUCUUCCGAAACCUAUUUCCAAUUUACUAGAAUUUUUUCUCAGUGCUCCCAUCGUCUGUUUCGUGCAGUUUUGGCAUUUUGCUGCCGUUCUGGCUUUCCCGCUGUUGUUGUUGCCGCCUAACGAUUUUUCCCGCAAACAACACGGCGAACUGAAACGUGUCAGGCCAAAAGGAAAAGCCAAAGUGAAAAGCCCGCAGGGCGGCGAGAGAAACGAGAGAACAUUAACAGCAAGGUGGCCGUAAAUCGCGAAUCGUAAACAGUUUUUGGGCUCUGCGGGGAACCAACCAGCUGAAAGUAACAGUCAGCCUGGUUUAUCGGAAUCGUUUUUGAUUUCCUGCCUUUGGCCUGUUUUCCGUAUUCCGUAUAUUUCGUAUGUCGUAUUCCGAAUUCCGUAUUCGGUGGUCCGUAGUCCAUUUUCCGUGUGCUCUGCUUCUUGCCACUUCCAUUCGCUUUUUGGGGGUUUUCCUGCUCGUUUAGUUUCGGUUUCGGUUUCAAUUUCAGUCAGUCAGCUGCUGCUUUUCACGUGGCACGUGUCGUAUGAGUAAAAUUAUCCCCUGCAGUCGCCACUCCACUCAGUAAAUAACAAUAAUCAAAGACUGUUUAAUUGAUAUAUCAACUGGAGCAAAUUAAUAAAGUGCUUAAAUCAAUCGCAAUUGCAAAGUGUUCAAAAUUCUUAAGCCUAACAUCAAAAUAACCACAUAAUCGCAAAGGACAUUGUAAAAUUGGCCCCCCAGAAAUCGAUUCACCGAAAUCGCAUUCUAAAUGUUCGACUGGAUUGAAUUUACCAAAGAAGCGUAGACGAAAUACGAAUGCAAAUUAGAUGCAAAAUAAAUGGGUAAAAUGAGGUCAAGUAAAUACGAUGUUACCACAGCUUACGGUCUAUGCCAAGAUUAUUUACCUCCUGAUGGUGGUGAUUUCAGGUGCAUUAUGUACAGUAGAAGAUUACGUAAUAAUGUCACAGUGUGCACACAACAAAGCCAUACACCUAGCUGCGGAAGGAACAGUCUCAGUGACAGACACUUCACAGAUACAAAAUAUAACGAUAGUCGGCUUCCCGGAUUAUCUGAACAACGAAUUCAAAAUAGCACUGUACGCAAAAGAAACUCAAAGAUAUUUGUGUUUCAACGACAAUUGGAGAUUAGUUGGCAUGAGGGAACUGCGAGAUACCUGCUAUUUCAACGAGACCAUCGUGCACGGUUAUUUCGUGUUCCGUUCCGUUGUCGAUCUGCAGCGACGUGUCGGGUUCACGCACCGAGGUAAGCCUGUGGGGCCCAAGAAGAGCGUCAACGAUGCCUGCUACAUGUUCAACAAGAUCGAGGCCGAGCAGUUUUUCCGCCAUCACCAUAGCAAUGGCAACAGUGGCAGCAGCAGCAACAGCAACAGCAACAACAGUGGCAACAGCAAUGGCAGCAACAACAGUCGGAAGCCCCCGCGCAACAACAAAAACAAUCGCCACAAAUCGAAUAACCAAAAUCAAAAGUUGCAACAGCAACAGGAGCAUCAUGGCCAUAAUAAUAAUAACGUUAUUCUUAAUAAUAGUAGUACUAGUUUAAGUAGCACUAACAAAAAGCAAUUAGCGAUAAACCGGCAGAAGCAGCAGCAACAGCAGCAGCAGCAACAUCAGGUGCGACAUCAUCACAAUGAUCCAUCGCUGCUGCUGCGACGACAGCAACACGAGAAGAAGCAGAAGCGGCGCAAGCAACAGAAGCAACAGCAACACCAACAACGAGUAUCAGCUAGUCCAACGAAACAAAUGCCUGCAACAGCAACAGCAACACCAACACCAAUAGCAACAGCAACCAUUGCAACACAAUUGACAACAGCAACACUGAGCAGCAAGCGCAAGGGGCGGCGAAGAAAGGGCAAGGUCAGGCCGAAAGCACAGCAGCAACAGCAAUUGCAACUACUUGCCACGGCAGCAACAUCGCCGUACACCGACGACACCCUCUACAGCAGCAGCAGCAGCACGGGCUUUGAGGAUGUGGAUACCUACAACAGCAGCAGCAGCAGCUUGGAGCCCUGGUCCACCUGGUCCACAAUCGACAGCUUUAGCAGCAGCAGCACAACAGCAACAUCUGACGACAGUAUUAGCAGCAGCAGCAACUACGAUGCCUGGGCCACCUACAUCACCGAAAUGGAGGCCGAGGCAUCCGGCGGCAACGACACCGAGUUGCUACAGUACGAGCCCGAGUUGGUGGACGAUCCGGAGGCGGAGUCCACGGCGACAAUUGAAACCAAAGCAACAUCAGCAACAGCGGCAACGGCGGCCACAACUACCUCGACAUCGGGCUCGCAGCUGGUGAUAGAGCAGACGCCGCUGGCCAGGAGCAAUAGCAACAGCAACAGCAGCAGCACCACGCGGGCAACACCAACGGCAACCAGUCAGACUGAAAUCCCUGCACAGAGCACGCAACAGCCAAGCAGGCACCGCAGCAACAGCAGGGAGAUUCCCCGGGACAACGUGGAUUAUUCCAAGAUAUUGCUGGCGGGCGAGAACGAAGUGAAGCCACAACAACAGCCAAGGAAGUUGCUCUGGACGCUGCAACCGCCAGUGGCAACACGUGGCAGCACGCGAGCAACUCCAAUGACAACACCCAUGCAGCAACUCUCCAGCACGGCAGCAACAGCGGCCACGACACCACAGCAACAUGUUGCACCUUCACUCUUCAGCGUGGACAAGAACAUCAACAGCAACCUGAACAACACACUGACGGAGGCUUCGCCAACGGCAACAUCGGAAGCAGCAGCAGCAACAUCCAGCAUUACGGCAGCAACAACCAUCAAGAGACCUAUCCGGAAGUUCACCAAAAAGCUGAUGGCCACGCCCUAUCACCAGCUGACCUAUGUGCGCAAUGCGGGCGGGGAUAUUGAUAUCGACAACCUGGACAACAUCAGCGUGUAUCCCGUGCUCUACAACGGCGAUCUGGAGGGGAAUGGCAGCGGGAACAGCUCCGAUGGCGGCUUCAGCGGAUUCCUGCCCACCUCGACCACUUCCCAUCUGACGGAACCGAUUCGCAUCGGCAUGAACAGGAUCAGGCCGAAUAAAACGCUGCACUGGUUCACUCACCAGAGAUUUGCGUAGUAGUUAGGGAUAGGCGGGCUUUGGCUAUUAGAUCUUUAAGGACAGGACUGCCCCAGCUUUUACUUUCACAGACAUUUUAAUUGUUCAACGAAAUAUUGCAGAUAUCACUUCAAAAUAUUAGAAUCGGAACGUGGAAUGUCGUGACUAAGAAUAUAAUAAACUCAAAAUUAUAAACUGAAUUCUGAAUACUUGUUCAACUUUUCUUCAUCAACUAAAUUUUUAAAUAUGAAUCAUCUCUGUGAAGGUGAGAACUGGAACAGACCUGCUUAAGAAAGACAUACCUUUACUCAGUACUCAGUUUUCAAAAGAAUUUAGGCAAAAAACCAAGUGAAGAACAAAAAUGUAUGGAUAAAUAUUUCAAAUUUAUAAUGAACUGAUACAUAUAUAUAUAAACAUAUAUAGAACUCGAUAUACAAAGGAGUUGCUUACUGUUCAGUACCUCGACUCAGACAGGACUUUUGCACUUGCACCACGCCUAAAAGCACACUACAGAAGCGAAACCGGAAGCGGAAGCGAAAGCAGGCGCAGAACCGAUAUCGAUAACUCAGGCCGCACUUCAUCCAGUAGCGAGUACAGUGAAGACUCCACCAACUGCACUCGAGAGGCCGCAGGCAACGAACUCGCAGAACUGCUACAUAGUUAUAAAUGAAAAGACAAUAAGAUUUUUAUUUACGAGUAUGUGCUAUAUAAACUAACAAAACGAUGGAACGAACCGAAGCGAUAGCGAUAAUCGAUAACAAAAUGCUAAAAUUGUUGAAAUGGAAAUUAUGAAAGCGCGACAUUCAAGUGCAAGCAAAUAAACGUUUCGAAUGCACUGAAAAAGCGUAGCAAACUUUUGAUUUACUAAAUCAAUUAAAUAUAUUAGCAAUGAGAAUUAAUAAAUACAAAUGCAAACAAAAAUCGAUAUAUAUAUUAUAUACAUAUAUGCAUAUAUUUUCAAAAUUUUAUAACGAACCAAAAACCAAUUAGCAAACAAAUUUAAAAAUGAUGAACGGGAAACGAAUGAAGACGUUUUUUAAAUUCAUACGCAAGCAGAACUAAGAGUCGGUAACGAUAACGAUAACAAAUUCGCACAGCAAAACACUUCCAAAAAAGAAAGGUUAAAACUAAAUAUUAAACAAUUUUACUAGGCACAAGCGUACGAAAUUGGGCUAGAUGAACAAAAAUAAAAAACUCCAUUCAAAAUAAACCGAAUUUUUUAAGCAAAUACAAAAAGUUGUUGAAAUGGUCAGCAUGAAAAUGGAUUUUAGGACGCAGUUUGUGGGCGAUAUCCAAUUCGAGAAAGGAUGGAAACAAAUUUUGAAUAAUGGAAAAUUUUAAAGAACUACUAACGAUAUGUACUGCAACCAAACACCAAAUUCACACUGAAUAAGCAACGUUAUAUUUAUUAAUUGAACAACAACUAAGAAACUAAAACUACAAAUAAAAUCAAAAUACAGCAAAAUGAAACCAACUGCUGCUUUUCUACAUACGAAUAUAUAUAUAUAGACACAUAUAGGCAUAUGUGUACGAACAUGGAAAAAGAUAUGCAAAAAUUGUUUCUCAUAUAUUUAUAUUAAUAUUUAAAAUAAAUAGUUCAAACAUAUUAGCAAACCAAAUAUGCGAAAUUAAAACAAUUUGAAGGGAAAUGCGUAAACACAGAAACAGAAGCAGAAAACUGAAGCGUCAAGUUUAUAUGUAGAGAUAUGUAUGAAUGUAAAUUUAAAGUGAAAUAAGAAAACCCAAACAAAAAGAAGUUAAAGCAAGAUGCUUAGGUGAAAAUUUAAUUAGUGUGUACUUAAGACAAGAAACCAUUUAA